AUGUCUCUUCCCAAAGCCAACUGCUCUUUUGCCAUUCCUAGCAUUCACGACGACCUUGAGCUUGACUGCCGGCUCUACUACCCGAGGAUCACGGAACAAACUAUUCAGCUCUUCGGCAAGUCUUUCGCCAUAGUUGCCCACCCCUACGCACCUCUGGGCGGUUCAUAUGAUGAUCCUGUUGUGCGCCUGGCGGGCAGUGCCCUGCUUCAGUGUGGUUGCAUUCUAGCAACCUUCAAUUUCAGGGGCGCCUCUGGUUCUGCAGGUCGGACUUCUUGGACAGGCAAGGCCGAGUUGGGAGACUACGUCUCAGUCUAUGGAUUCAUUUUGUGCUACAUCGAUGCACUCUACCGAUCCAUGGUGGAAGGUGGGAGUGGCUGGACCAGUGUGCCGCCUGUCCUCAUUCUUGGAGGAUACUCGUACGGUUCCAUCAUCGCCUCACACCUACCACCAACCGACAUCAUCGCAGCUUUAUGGGAGUCACCAUUGCCAGGGACGGCAGAAAGUGAGAUCAGACUUCGUGCAGUGGACUUAUCUCGAGAUACAAAAGCUUAUCUGGAUUCGCAUAUGUUUCCCAUAACGCCGUCCUCCCCCCAAAAUCGAGGUGGUUACGGAGAGGACGCUAAAAGGCCAAAUCGGGGUGCAAUUGUGGGAGGAUACGAGUCAGAUGCAGCCAGCCGACGAGUUGGCCGUGAAUCGUCAGGGAGAAGCAUAGAUGGAGACCGGGUCAGACAAAGCAUCGACAGAGUUCGUCGCAAGAUCAGUCCCCGUGUCGGCCCUAGUCCAGGAUCAGACAGAAAAGGUCAGACGGCGGUACCAGCGCUGCUGUUACCGUCAGUUGCGUACGUCCUGAUUUCGCCAUUGUUACCGCCAGUUGCUGGGUUUACGACCAUGUUCUCGAAGCUAAAAUUCACCCGCAAAGGACGGGACACCGGUCCGCAGCGAGAGGAGUAUCAUGAGCUUGCCGUCCAUCCGUGCUGCUGUCUAUUUGGAAGCAGAGAUGUCUUCACUUCGGACCGAAAAUUGCAACGAUGGACAGCGGACUUGGCUUCACGACCGGGCUCGCGAUUCACGGCAAUCAGAGUAAAUGCUGCUGGGCACUUCUGGCAUGAAGAUGAAGAUUCGGUUCGACUGCGACGGGGCCUGGCGGAGUGGCUUAGGACGCUGACGCCCAGCGAAGAGGAUGCUAAAGAGACUGACAUCGUCCCCCAGUCCGCCCGGCACGCGGACGGCUCGAAUGAGCAACAUAAACUGGAAGGUACAACAGUUAGGACAGGGUGA